AUGUUUACAGCUGGACGUCUCGUUAUCAUUUUGUUAAUAUUCGGUGUAGCAGCGCAUAUUUUUCUAGGCGGUGGCUUAUCGUUUUUCAGUGACUAUCAUAUUUGGAGGCCAAUAUUUGAAAGCAGUAGACAGGAAAUCAUUCUAGUGCAUGAUAUCAACAGUAGCAAUGAUCAUAAUUCCACAAAAAUUUCAUCGAAUGAUGAUAGAAAACCUCAGUUGACUAGCGCUGCUUCAAUUAAUAAUUCAGUCAACAUUUCUUCAAAAUUUUAUAAUUCAUCCACUAGCGGCUUACUCAGCGAUGAACUAGCUAGUGUUUAUCCAACAGUUGAUAAACCCACCGCCACCACUUCAACAAAUAAGCCAACAGAAACACAUACAAAGAAUGUCAACUUUUCGAACAUUGAUGGAAGUAUUCAUAACACGACGUUGAAGAUUAUUAGAGGUCCCCAAUCUAUCGAACAACUGUAUGGCAAUAAAACAUUACCAACACCUAAGGUUAUUCCGGGCUUGCAAAUGGUGCGGCAAAAUUUUAGCUUGGUGAAUUGUCCUCUAACACCACCUGGUUUGGUUGGUCCAAUAAAAGUAUGGUAUGAUGAGCCAACAUUCGAAGAAAUCGAACGAUUGAAUCCAUAUUUAGAAUCUGGUGGCCAUGGAAAACCAAGAAGUUGCAAAUCAAGACACAGGGUUGCUAUUAUCGUGCCUUACAGAGAUCGAGAAGCUCACUUACGUAUUCUGUUACACAAUCUUCACUCAUUACUUACUAAACAGCAACUCGAUUACGCAAUUUUUGUCGUUGAGCAACAUGAAAAUGAAACAUUCAAUCGCGCUAAGUUAAUGAAUGUCGGAUAUGUGGAAGCGAUGAAAGUUUAUGAUUGGCAAUGCUUCGUGUUUCAUGAUGUUGAUUUGUUGGCAGAGGACGAUCGCAACAUUUAUUCCUGUCCGGACCAACCAAGGCACAUGAGUGUUGCGGUCAACAAAUUUCAAUACAAAUUACCUUAUGGGUCAAUAUUCGGAGGUGUUUGUGCUAUUAGAACUGAACAGUUCGUAAAAAUAAAUGGCUUUUCGAACAGCUAUUGGGGAUGGGGUGGCGAAGAUGAUGAUCUCUCAAUGCGAGUAACUUCUGUUGGCUAUAAAAUUAUGCGUUAUCCGUCGGAAAUUGCUCGCUAUCAAAUGAUUACGCAUAAAUCAGAGACGAAAAAUCCCAUCAAUAGAUGCCGAUAUGAUUUAUUGGCUAAAACAACGUUGCGUCAACAAACGGAUGGUAUUUCAUCAUUAAAAUAUGAAUGUUACGAUUUGCAUUUUUUGCCACUGUUUACACAUAUCAAAGUAAAAUUAUUCGAGCAAGAAUCGAAGAUACAGUUACGAGAAGAAGGUUUCGCAAAAUGUUGA